GUUUCACAGGUCUUUCGUGCUUUACAGUCUUUUCCUCGCCCUCAAGUCCUAAGCCGUCUCUCUCUCUCUAUAGAGUUUCGUAGGGUUAGGGUUUUAAGUUACGAACCCCUCAAAAAAUGCAAUCCAUGGAUCCGUCAAAGAAGCGCAAGCUGGAUGAAAACGGUAUCGUUUCAGCCAUGUCGGGACCUGAUCCAAUCACCAAACUAACCCCACAAGACGGCCGCAAACUAAUCGAGCGAUUCACGGUCGAUCAACUCCUCGACAUCCUCCAAGACGCCGUUUCUCGCCACAUGGACGUCCUUUAUGCCGUCCGAUCUAUUGCCGAUCAAGACCCAUCUCAAAGGAAGCUCUUCAUCCGUGGGUUGGGUUGGGAUACUACAACCGACGGCCUCCGUUCACUCUUUUCCGUCUAUGGGGAACUCGAAGAAGCUGUCGUUAUCCUAGACAAGGCUACUGGAAAAUCGAAAGGGUAUGGAUUUGUUACUUUUAAGCACGUCGAUGGUGCUUUACUUGCUCUCAAGGAACCCAGUAAGAAAAUCGAUGGGAGAGUCACGGUGACACAGCUGGCUGCGGCGGGGAAUUCGGGGACGAAUAAUAAUCCAGUGGAUGUUCAUAUGAGGAAGAUUUAUGUAGCCAAUGUGCCGUACGACAUGCCGGCGGAUAAGUUACUGGGUCUUUUUUCUCAAUAUGGAGAAAUAGAAGAGGGUCCUUUGGGGUUCGAUAAGCAGACGGGGAAAUCAAAGGGAUUUGCUCUCUUUGUGUAUAAGACGGCGGAAGGGGCUCAGGCGGCACUGGUGGAGCCGGUGAAGAACAUUGAUGGGAGACAAAUGAAUUGUAAGCUGGCUAUUGAAGGUAAAAAAGGGAAGGCGGGACAAGAUGGGAUGAUGCAAAGUGGAGGUGGGGCUCCUGGAAAUGCAGAGAUGGGGAUGGGGGGACAUGGUGGAGGAUAUGGUGGGCCUGGUGGACCGGGUAGUUUGGGGGGUUACGGUGGGUUUUCAGGUGGGCUGCAAGGGCCGCCUGGUCCAAUUGGUCAUCCUCAUCACUUGAAUUCUUCAGGAGUUGGGGUGGGGGCUUUGAGUGGGAGUGGAGGGGGAGGUGGUUAUGGUUCUGGACUUGGUGGGCCGUAUGGUGGGUAUGGUGGACCUGGUUCGACUGGCUAUGGUGGGUUAAGUGGUGCUGCUGCAGGGAGUGGUUUGACUGGUUCAGGUGGAGGGUCUUCAUUGUAUAGAUUGCCGCCUAGUUCUGUUGGGAUGCCGUCUGGUGGUUAUCCGGAGAGUGCUCAUUAUAGCUUGCCUUCAUCGGCUGCUUUCCCUAGUCAGCAUCACCAAGGAGUUGGGACAUCCCCUGUGCCAAGAGUUCCCCCUGGUGGAAUGUAUCCCAAUGGACCACCUUUCUACUGAGGUUUAUGACAGCUUGUUGGGCGCAGAUGCUUUUUGUGGUUCUGGUGAUUGCGUGUAUGCAGACUAUAUAUACUCUGGCUUGAUGAAUGUAUUAGCUGGGCUCUUACAGCCACUUCUCUUGAUCUGCACCUUUAAGAUGUUUAUUUCUGAGUUCUGGUUGGCAAAACUUGUGAUCUAUUCUAGACUAGUUUUUCUAUUUUCUAUUAGGAACCUUUGUUACAGUGGGGCCUUUCAGUCAUUACUAUUGUUCUUUUAAUAAUAUAAGUAGUGAGAUAAUGUUUUUGCCUAUUUUUGCUAGUAUCAAUGGCUGUUACUGCAUCUCCUCUACUUUGAAGUUUAUUUGUAUGUUGGUUGAUAUUGCUAUUCAUGUUGAUUUUGCUAUAUGUACUCCGAUGGAAUAUACUAGAAACAAACAUGCAACUUAUUUGUUGAAGUUAAACGAAGUUCUUUAUUUUGAUAUAUAAAUUAAUGGGCUGUAGAGAACCCGCACCAGAAAAAUUUUACUAUCUUUGUUGCUACAUAAAUGAGUUUUACCACUUAAGCUAAACAGGACCACUUUCUAAAGUAAUUUAUUGCUUUCUUGUUACAACUUUUGCUGUACCUGGCAUAAUUAUGCGUUGAAGUAUCCACCCAAAGAUGUCUUCAAGAUUUUUGUGUCAUCAUUUUAUUAUUUAUUGGCAAGAGUUUUCCUAUUCUUCUUCUGAUACUUCAUUGAUCUUCCUUUGUUCAAGCAAAGCUAUUUCUGGUUUCCUGAAUGCAUAUAAAAUUGGUAGGAUUUUCACAUAACAUGGACUUUUUGAGUAGGUUCUUGUUUCAGUGAAGAAUCUAAUGAUGUGGGAGCAGCAAGUAUUUCAUUAAGUGUACCAGUGAUUUGUCGGUUGCUUCUUGAUGUGGUGCUGCUAGUCUUGAUGUACCUAAUUGACAGUUUGCUUAUUUUGUCAUCUGUGCGGCUUUCGUUGGGUUUUGUUGGAUUUGUAAAUGAGCUCUUGCUUUGUACCAAUUAAUUGGCAACAUAAAAUGAGUCUCUCUUUCCCUUUGGUGGCUGUCUUUGUUGGUCGACUUAAUUUUUUGUGCACAAUGGAGUGAUGGACAGUGAUCGUUAUGCAUUGGAGUUAGGUGUCUUCAUAGGUUUUGCAGGAGACUGGUUGAAACUUGAAAGGCUAGCUUUUAAUUUCUAUUUCUCUUCUAUGCUGGUGGCUGUUCCGGCAUCUAAUAACUAGAUUUCUGUACAUCAUGAAGUUUUUGAGUCUACGUGUUCAAGCCAAGGUCAAAUCCUAUUGGAAUGGAUGUUGAUGUGUUUUUUAAAA